CAUGGGUUGGGUUGUUAGAGGUGGUGAGAAAUUUGGCGUCGAUUUCUUAUUGUAUGAGAAAGGGCCAAUAUUUCAUCAUGGAGAAUAUGCUGUUGUUAUUUUACCGGUCUAUUCUAAUCCGGAUGACGAUCCUUUAAAAAAAUCAACUGACGAUAGUGAAGCUCAAUCUGCAUCACUGUCCUUCACCCCAUUUCGUCAAAAUCUUGUCUCGUCUUGGCAAUGGUUCAUGAGUCUAAAUCGUAUUAGCGCACAAGCCAGAAAGGUUAUUCAUUUAUACACUCUUGUUUAA